AUGGCCGACCACCACGACGCCAGUCCGCGCAAGCGGAAACGAGCGCCCAUCGAGGAAUUGCAAUCCAAGAAGCCCAAGCUCAACCUUCCGCCACGACCACCGCGCACCAGGUUUCCUCUGACAAGAGACGCAUUACGGGAAUUGAACCGAAGGAACAAAGAGGCUGCUCGAUCGGCGCCGGACUCGAAGCCCAAACGACCCGGUUCCCCCGUUCCUCGACCCGCGGCUGCUGCCGACCUUCCUGCUCGCUCCACCUCCGACCUCGAGCGCUUUGCCCGACACGGCGGCCCAGAUCUGUCGGACUUGAGAGGGUGUCACGUACCCGCAGUCAUACCCCCCAUGAGCUCAAGCGUGUCCACCCUGCGCCGGCGGGUACGAGGUUCAGGCCGAUCCAGGAGCAGGACUGCGACAGAUAGCGCAACAGGUACUACGCCUACGUCUACGAGCAGUGCCAGGUGUGGGCCGUACGAUCACGCUUUUCAAGCACACCUCUUAAACUUUGACGUCUAUCUCCAUCCACAACGGGUCCGCCAACGUCUCCCAGCACCGGACAACCUGGAUGAGAUCAGGCGGGCGUUAGCACAAGGACCGCGGCGGUCCCUAUCUCCUUCGCGCUCUUUGCGUACCGAAUUCGAAGAGUUUGAGCUAGCACAUGCGUGCGCUACCAACGAGAGAAUGGUGACGGAGCAUGUGAUUCCCAAAAUUCAAGGCAAAAUUGGCGAUAUCAGGUGCAUGGGUAUGGAAGUACCCUUCAACAACCUUGACCACCUAACCGACGGCUCUAUCGCCGAUGCUAAACCCGAUUAUUACUACGGAGCCCUCUUGGAGCAGCUCGAUGAACGAGUCCGUACCGAACUUGCAGGCAGCAUCAUUCCUUCUACCCAGCUAGAGCAACCCAUACUACCCAACUUCUUUCUAGAAGUAAAAGGUCCCGUCGGCUCUGAAGUCAUAGUCCAGCGACAAGCAUGCUACAAUGGGGCGCUGGGGGCGAGGGGAAUGCAGCACUUGAUCUCGUACGGAGCAUCUGAACUCGUCUACGACAACAAGGCCUACACCUUGACGUGUACCUAUCAGACUGGAACACUCAAGAUGUAUACCGCCCAUGUCAUCCCACCAGCCAAGCCAGGAGGACGCUCUAGGUAUGUAACGACAUUGGUCACUGGUUAUUCCCUCGAAGGCGGUCCAGAUAUGUACCGGGCAGCACUCACGGCAUACCGAAACGGGCGGGAUUGGGCAGAGCGGCAGAGGAACGAGGCAAUUGAGCAUGCCAACAUGAAGGCUCAAGUUGCUCUUGCGGGCGUCGGAACUGACGUGGGCGCGCCUGCUCCCCUGGAUGACGAUGACGGAACCCCGGGUCCCACUCCCCCGGGUAGCAAUAACGCAGCCUCGAGUGCUUCUCCUCCAAAUGUCGAUAACACAACCUCGGCUCCUCCUCCCUCGGACAACGACACAGAAACCUCGAGCCCUCCUCCCCCGGGUGGUGGUGAUAAGGGAACAUUGAGCUCCGCAACCAAUGAAGUUUCUGGGCUUAGGCCUCGACGUGAACGAGCCCGGGCCAGCCAGCAAGACAAGACUCCCACAACCCGGGUGACCCGGGGCUCCAAAUCCAGGAUAGCGUCUUCCCCUGCUAACCAGUCCGAUAGCUCGGUUAACAACUCUGUCUCUCCACGUCCUCCACCGGCGUCCAAGGUUAAUAAACGCCGCCGUAAGGGCUCGUUGAGAAGAUCUCGUAGAUAAUAACGCGGAUGCUACGUCGUUCCCAGGCCCUUGUUGAUGGCAAGGCUGGGCGUAUGCAGAGAUGAUGAAAAUGUUUCUUGCUAGAAAUGACGGCCUUUGUGGCUUGACCGUGAUCCAAUCCCUGCUUGUAAAAAAACAGAACUCCCUUGAUACACUGGAUAAGUCUACAAGGGUAAUAGAGGUAGUUCCGGACGUGUUCGAGAAGGAGAGA